GAGAGAGAGAAAGAAAGAGAGAGAGAGAGAUCCAAUCUAGCAUAUAUGAUCAGCUUGUGUAGUUAGGGUUGAGAGUACUUGAGACCACAGGAAACUAACUCACUCUCUCUGGGUUUACUCUUAAUUCAGUUACAAAUUAAUACUCACUUAAUUUGUUGUCCUUAACUUUUAUUCUGGGUUACUCAUAGAUAGAGUACCAAACCGAGAAGAAAAAGCUUAGGAUGCUAGAAAAUAUGGCUGAAGAAGCACUUCCAAAUGGUUUUGUCGAAAACCCAAUUGCUGGAUCUAAUCCUCCUGCUUCAAAGAAGAAGAGAAACCAACCAGGCAACCCAGAUCCUGAAGCUGAAGUUAUAGCUUUAUCGCCAAAGACCCUCAUGGCCACCAACAGAUUCUUGUGUGAAAUUUGCGGGAAAGGUUUCCAAAGAGAUCAAAAUUUGCAACUCCACCGGAGGGGACAUAACCUUCCAUGGAAGCUCAAGCAGAGGACCAGCAAGGAAAUAAGGAAGCGUGUUUAUGUGUGUCCCGAAAAGAGCUGUGUUCACCACCACGCUUCUAGGGCUCUUGGAGACCUAACUGGUAUAAAGAAACACUUUUGCCGAAAACAUGGAGAGAAGAAGUGGAAGUGUGAGAAGUGCGCAAAGAGAUAUGCUGUGCAGUCAGAUUGGAAAGCUCACUCCAAGACCUGUGGCACUAGGGAGUACAAAUGUGACUGUGGGACAAUAUUUUCAAGGCGAGAUAGCUUCAUCACUCAUAGGGCCUUCUGCGAUGCCUUAGCUGAAGAAACAGCUAGACUGAAUGCAGCCUCCAAUAUGAGCAACGCAGUGGCCAACAAUAUCAACUAUCAUUUCAUGCCGACUCCACUAGGGCCUAGCAUGGCACAACAUUUCUCUUCUAUUUUCAAGCCAAUCUCAAGUAAUGAAGAAGCAAUCAAUCAAACUACACGAGGACUAUCCCUAUGGAUGGGCCAAGGAUCAUCCCAAGGCCAGGAAUCAAUAGGGAAUAACAAUCUCCAUGGGAUUCAUCAACUUGGGUCAGUGAGUUCAGGGACAAUAUUUGGUGAUCCACUAGUUUCAUGCUCAAAUCCUCCACCAUCAGAUUAUCAGCUAAAUUGGGUGUUUGGAACUAAGCUCUCUUCGAGUAAUGCCGAAGAGCUAACUGCAAGCAAUUCACUUCCAUUAACAGAUGUGAAGGAAGCUGGAACUCAGCUUCUUAGUGUUCCUUCCUUGUACAGCACACAACACCAGUCUCAUCAAACACCUUCAGCAAACAUGUCGGCCACGGCUUUAUUACAAAAGGCUGCACAAAUUGGCGUAACCACAACUGACCCAUCAUUCCUUGGGAGCUUUGGGUUGAAGUGCAGUGAUAGCCAAGUUCGAGAUGGGAACAAAUUGUGUGGAGUACUGUAUGGUACUUCAAAUCCAAUACUCAGUACUAAUAUUGGAAAUGAUGUAGAAAACUCGGCAGGUGAUCUAUUGCAGGUACACCCUGCAAAACGCAGGCACACGAUGAAUGAAGAAAGCGGUGGUGGAGGUCAAACUAGGGACUUUCUGGGUGUGGGAGUACAAACCAUUUGCCACCCUUCAUCAAUCAAUGGUUGGAUUUGAUCCUAAGGGAAUAAGUUCAUGGAUUGCAAUGGAAAGCAAAGUUGAUAAUAAAGUGAAGUUUGGAGUUGGAAAAGAGAUUUAUUAAGUAAUUGGUAACUUUGCAGGGAAGGAAAAGGUGGGCAUUGAGUGCUUGAUGGGGGCUAAAAGUUUUUUGCUUAGAAUACUAUUGAAGAGUUGAAGAAGGGAGAUCCAUGCAUAUUCUCUUGAACCCUGAAAGCUGAUCCCUUUUGAAAAUAUGGUGACUUUUAAUUUUGAUUAAAGGGGGGGGUGGAGUAGUGGGGGAAAAGCAAGAGCCCCUUUUGGACCCAUUAUUGCAUUGUUUCACAUCUGUUAUGGUUAUUUCUUGUCAAACUGGACUUAAAAGAGAAUUUCCAGUGAAAAAAGCUUGAUUCUAGUACAUAUAGGCUUUAGCCUAUUGCUUAAAAUAAACUAUUGUAGCUUUUUUUUUUUUUUUUCUUUUUUUGAGAAGCAACUAUUGUAGCUUUUCAAUCGCCCAUCCAUGAAUACUUGUACUAUAUAACAAGAUUAGCUAUAAUACAUGCAAAAUAUGGGACAGAAGAUAAUUAAAAUUUUUGUAUAA